AGAAAAAAAUAAGAAAAAGAAAAAGAAAAAAAAUACGGCAACUGAGAGUCUCCAAGAAAAAAUAUCCCCCUCUCCAACAACGCAAUUAUUCAACAUUUUCUCCAGUUUCUUCUAGAAAAUUUAUACCGCUUCCCCAUAUAGAUAUCUAUCUCGACAAUUAAGUCGAUCUAGAUAACAACUUGUCUUCGGAUCUUUCUGUGCAGUUACUCCCGCGAUCCUUAUCCAUAAACCGCCAGCCCGCCCGCGCGUGCGAAUUUCCCCGCCCCUGUACCUAUAGAUACACCCUGCUUUUGUCGCCCGAUUGCACACAGGGAAUUCCCAUAACACCAUACCUUCUGGCCCCUUGCUAUAUCAAAUGAUCUAAGUCUGCCAUCGCUCUAUCACAAAUUUUCAUUGGUAUUACCGGCCACUCGGGAAUAGCAGAGCACGCAGGUUCUUCCCCGCUAGGAUCAGGACCGCGUGCCUACCUGUGUCCAUUUGCGUCUCUCCCUCUCUCCAUCUCCCUCUUAAAUCUACGUCUCCUUUACCAAGAUAAUACUUCAUAUCACAUAAAAAAAAAUGACGGAGGAACAGCAACAAGCUGCUGCGCCCGCAGAAGUAAACCCCAACGCACAGGCUGAAAACGAUGUAAAGCAGGUGCUUGUGGAGCUCAAGGAACAAGAGCCAGCAAAACAGGAUGCUCAAAGUGCUGCCCAAGAAAGCAGUAAGAAAACAGAUGCAAAACCAGAUACAAACGGCAAGGCUUCAGAAGGGAACACGGAUGGUGCUGGGGAGGAGGAUGCGGAGGCCAAAGAAGAAGCUAGGAUCAUUGCAGCUGCCGCAAAGCUGGGCCAGGAUGCUGAAUCAAAGAGCGACUCUAAGGACGGUGAGCAAAAGGAUACAAACAGGGGCCAAGGACAGGCGUCGCGAGGUGGCCGUGGUGCCCAUCGCCCCCGCGUAAACCACCGUGACAACAUCAAAUCAGAUGUUUCGACGCUGAAGGAGACAAGCGACCCGGACGAGAUCCGUAAACAGGUCGAAUUCUACUUCUCUGACUCGAACCUUCUCAUGGAUAAAUUCCUCCUCUCCAAGGUUGGCGGCAGCGAAAAUCGCCCCGUCGAACUGUCCCUCCUGCACUCCUUCAAGCGCAUGCGUCGCUUCCAGCCAUUCAGCGCCGUUGUCGAUGCGCUAAAGGACUCCAAGACACUCGAGCUGACCGACGACAAUACCUGCGUCAGGCGUAAGGUGGCCCUUCCCGAAACCGUCAAGGAAUCGCUAGAUCCCACCGUUGUCAAGCUGUUUGAAGAUAAAGCGAUGGAUCGCAGCAUUUACGCGAAGGGAUUCGGCCCUGAAGAACCUAGCACACAAUUCGACAUCGAGGCCUUCUUCACGCCAUACGGCCCCACCAAUGCCAUCCGCCUGAGACGGACGGCUGAUAAGAUCUUCAAGGGAAGUGUGUUCGUUGAAUUUGACAGCGAGGAGGCGCAAAAGGCGUUCCUGGCCCUCGACCCCAAGCCGAAGUGGAAGGGUACCACUGAGCUCCUGAUCAAGAGCAAGAGAGAUUAUUGCGAUGAGAAGAUUAAGGAAAUUGAAGCUGGUCGUCUGCGGCCCAAUAGCGGCCGGGGCAGAGGUGGUCAUAGAGGGCGGGGUCGUGGGGGGUCGUCGAACCAUCACGAUCGUCGGGGAGAUGAUCAUGGAAAGGGCUUUAGGGGCGGUCGAGGUGGACGUGGUCACAGAGGCGGCAGAGGUGGUCGUCAAGAGGCUCAAAAGGAUUCUCGUGGUGUCCCCGUAAUCCAGGUACCAGCUGCGACAGACUCAACAGCCAAGGCAGGACAAAAACGUGCGCGGGAAGAUGACGGCAAUGCUGCUGCCGCCAAUGGCUCUUCUGCUUCCAAUGGCACUGCCGGCCCCAGUGCUGAGGCUGGCGCUCCUCCUGCCAAAAAAGUUGAUACUAAAGAGUCAUGAUAAUUGUCCUGUGCCUUGCCAAUUCUCUUCCUCUUCAUCCUCUUCUUCUUUCCCAAUUCAACCUAUAGAAAUGGGGUCAAAGGAAUAUAGCAAAUGACGAACGGUUUAUUCAUAUUUCAGAAGGACAAUUUUUCUUUUUAAUUAAGCCUUCGAAAUGUUUUUAGCUCCAAUGCUCGCUUCUUACCUUUUUGUUGUUUAAAAAACAAAAUCAAUAUGUAUGAAAAGCCUCCCCUUUGUGGGCAUGAUUGGUACUUCUGGUGCUGGAGGGUCAUAGAAUUGGAUACCUGUCAUUUUUUCUUCGUGUUCAUUAUUUCCUUUUUCUCUUCUUCUUCUUCUCCUCCCUCCUUUUCCCCUUCUUCCUCUGUUUGAUAUCCUCUUUUUUCUUGCCGUGGCGGAAAUUUUAUUGCAUCUGGUCUCCUGUUCUGCUCACGGUUCGUUUCCUUUCGCUUUCGUUCCGGUAGUGACUACCGGGCUUCUCAUUUCUAAUAUGUUUCAUCUACGUGAUUUUUUCAACCAUAUACUAUUGUAUGAGCUAUAUCGGUGUUGUUUUUGUGUGCCCUUCCUCCUCCUUUUAUAUGCUUCAUCGUCUCAAAACGUGUCUUCCUCCAUAUUACUAUUUUCUACCUGUUUUACCGCUUGGAUUUAAGAUAUAAGGUGAUGUCUACUGCUAGUUAUUACAUGCCAGCCACCAAUAUGUGAAGUAACGUAAUACUCGUUCCUGGGGUGUAACUAGUUCAGUAACACACUAUCUGAGCCUGCAAAUCUCCAAGAGGCUUCAUGGUCUGCUAAUAGUUAACUCCUAUACGCGUGGGAACAUUUGGGACCAAAAAAAAAUAAAAAAUAACAUCUGAUUGGCAUUCUAUUUGCAUUCGCUAGUUCUACUAUGGACCAACAUCCUCAGAUUUGACAAGGACUCCGAUAGUUGCCCAUGUUCCCGGCUGUGUAUGAAUCACAUACGCUACCUGUAUUCCGAAUUCCAUCCUACCAAAACAGUUGUCAUCGAAAUGAAUUGGAAAUGCCACUUCGCCUACGUUCUUAUGUGGGAAAAAGGAAAUAUGAGCAAAUGCGGCCUGUGCUGUGCCAGAUAUAGAUUACAGACGCGCCUUGGAUUGAGCCUUUGGAGGCGGGGUGAUUCUCCGAUCGAGCCUGCGCUUUAGCCGGUCUGCGUUUACCUUGUACGUGCGCGGGAACCAGCUGUAUAGGGUCUUUUCGUCAUCGCCAAAUAGCAUGCUUGUGACUGCCUGAGCGCAGAGGAAACAGAGGACCAUUCCUAGGGUUUUGAAAUAAAUAAAUAUCAGUCAGGUUUAGAGAGCCACAAAUACAUCUAUAUAUAGAUAUAUGUGUAAAACGUAGAACGAUUUGGAGGUUUUGAAAAAUUAUGCUUGGGUGUGGGUGGGUGCUAACUCACCAUGCCCCUGAAAGGAUGCCGAGAUAAACAACCCAGGUUCCCCCGGAAUCUCUCCAACCAACGGAUGCCCAUCAGCACUAUACCCCAUAAUGCCAGUCCAUUCAUGUCGCACGCGGCCGGCAGGAUCAUCACGGCCCCAAUUCUUCCCGAAGAACUCCACCGUCGAUGCGGCAAGAUACUCACUAAUCGCCGGCUCGAGCACAGAGUCAUCCGUAGUUCCAUAAUUGGCCAGGCCGCCAUUCUCACUUUCACAGAACCCGCCACCGAUGACGAUGUCGCGGGGAUACUUCGAUGCGUCGGGACAUUGGAUCAUGUAGUCAAAUCCGCUGCCGUAGUUGAAGGAGUAGGUGGUGGAGAGGCCGGAGGCUGGCAUUGCCGAUCCAGGCCUGUGUGCUGUCACCUGACCGCGGACGGGGACUAUGACGCCUUGAAGCUUUGGGUAGAGGGCCGCUGAGUAGCCGUUCGUCGCCAUGAUGACUUUCGUUGCUUGAAUGUUGCCGCGAAGAGUUACGACAGUCCAGUGCUUCCCUUUGCCGUGGCCAUUGUCCUUACUAGUGCUACUUUCUUGCCUGUGCAAACUGGUAACAGGGGUAUUCGUUUGAAGGUUUAGGCCCUUCUUUAGACAUAACUUGAGAAGUCCUAUGACAAACUUAUAUGCGCUGAGACUGCCGGCUUCGUACGUAAUGGCUCCGGCAGCCCCCGGGACUAGGAACUUCUCCUCCGUUUCCUUCCUGUUCCAGAACGUAUAUUUGCUUGCAGGGUGAUUUUUCAUGAUCUUCUGCAUGAAUUUGACUGUUGUAGCUGCUUGUUCUAA